UAAUAUAGAAAGAGGCCUGUUAUGGAAAUAUGCAGAGUGAGCCCUUGCAGCUAGCAGCAUACAACGAAACUGAGCUGAGACGAUACGAUUGGUUGGUUGCAGUGAAGUAAGGGACUGAAUAAUUCAUGUGCUCGGGGAGAGUUGGGGUAUAGGAUGUAUGAAAGAGACUGGGGUGAGGAGACUGAGAGGGAGGGGAGAAGCUACGGAUGGAGAAAGAGAUGCUGUUGCCAGGGAACAGCAGCCACUCAGAGGACCACUGAAAACAACUGCAAGAUUAUCAAAUGGAGUAAAGAGACACAGAGACACAUGAGCCUGGUGUCCGCUUUUCCCAAGUUGUUGUUGGAAUGAAUAAACUGCUUCCUCUGGGAGACUUGGAUACGGAGGGAAUUCAAAGAAGGGUUUGAAUUGAUGUUUGGGAGAGGAAAAGGUACUCUAAAGGUAUAGGGAGCAACAAGCAGACACAAGGGAAAAUAGAGAGAGAGAUCAUGAUGCCAGAGCAGAUGCAUUCUCAUUAAAGGAAUUUUGUGUCUUGCUGCUGUGGACGUCAAAGCUGAGAAGCAGGCUGUCGGCUCGCUCUUCACGGCCAGACUUUCCCCAACAAAGGUGGCCAGAGGCGGAGGAGCAGAGGGGGAGUCCAGCACAGAGGUGGCCCCUGUCUUCAGACACCUGCUGCUGGCUAGCGGCUGACAUCGAGGACACUGCAUGACUGUGUCCGUGCAUGAGUGUGCGUGUGUGCAUGUGAAUGAGUGAAAGACAGGGACCGUGAGACGAGAAAUCUCAGCCUGAGUCCUGCUUUUCUGUUCGAGGAGGAGGAUCGGGACUUUUCCUCUUCAAUCUGUGCAUUUGAGGCCAAGGAGGAGGGAGGAUUCACAGACACGGAGCAACUAGAGGUUUUGUGGGGAUCUCACACUGCUCAUGCCCCUGCUCUCCUCUCUGAGGGAUGGGCACCACAGAGGCUACUCUACGCAUGGAGAACAUGGAAGUGAAAGACGAGUGGCAGGAUGAAGACUUUCCCAGACCACUGCCAGAGUACGGAGACAUGGAUUUGUCCUGUGGUCUCACAGACGACAGAGUCUCCCCCCCUAACUCCCUGAAUGUGAGCCCACCCGGAGGAGGCGGAGGCGUGUCCUCAUCGCACCGUAAACGCCGGACCCUGAUUGCGCCGGAGAUGAACCUUUCACUGGACCACAGUGAAGGUUCUCUGCUGUCAGAUGACUUCCUGGAUACACCGGACGACCUGGACAUCAACGUCGAUGACAUCGAUACGCCCGAUGAGACAGACUCGCUGGAGUUCAUCACCAACGGCAAUGAGUUGGAGUGGGAAGAUGACACACCAGUGGCCUCAGCCAAAGCAGGUCCUGCUGACGGUUUAGGAGAAGCAGACGAGGAAGGGAAUGCUAACAAUGGACGCCUCUGGAGGACGGUGAUCAUCGGAGAACAGGAGCACCGUAUUGACAUGCAGGUCAUCAGACCUUACCUGCGAGUCAUCACACACGGAGGUUAUUAUGGUGAGGGCCUUAAUGCCAUCAUUGUUUUCUCUGCCUGUUACCUGCCUGACAGCAGCUCUCCAGACUACCACUACAUCAUGGAAAACCUCUUCCUCUAUGUGGUGAGCAGUUUGGAGAUGCUCGUGGCUGAAGAUUACCUGAUCAUCUACAUGAACGGAGCCACUCCACGGAGCAAGAUGCCUGGGAUCAGCUGGCUCAAGAAAUGUUACCAGAUGAUUGACAGAAGAUUGAGGAAGAAUCUGAAAUCUCUGGUCAUCGCUCAUCCUACGUGGUUCAUACGCACUGUCCUGGCCAUAUCCAGGCCCUUCAUCAGUGUGAAGUUCAUGAAUAAGAUCCAGUACGUCCACAGCCUGGAUGAGCUGGCAGAGAUCGUCCCGAUGGAGCACGUCCAUGUUCCCGAGUGUGUGGUGCAAUUUGACGAGGAGAGGAUUAAAGCACGGAGGGAAAGGAUGGAGCAGGAGAACAAACCGCAGGAGCAGCAGCCGUCAGUCCCACAGGAGUCAGUGAAAAAGUCAGAGAGGCCGAAGUCGGUGAUUGUAGAUCAGGGAUUAUGAGAAGCUUCACAGGCAAAGACAUGACCUUCUCUUUAUGCAGUAUGUGACAUGUGCAGCCUGAACCCUUCGAUUAGGAGCCAGCGGACCGACAAGCCUACAUGUGCUUCCUUGUUUUACCAACAUCCAGCUGACCAUUUGUGCCGCCGUUUUCCAGUCAAGAUGGCGGAUGCUUCGCCUCAUCUUCUUAGUGCCCAGAGCCCCUUCUUCCUCUCAGCCAACUUGAAAAUGAACAAAGGAAGUCGCUGCUCUGUUUCAUGAAGUGUAUCACCGGGCAGAAUGUUGUUGGGUUCAUCGAUUCAUUUACCUGCUGAGUCGUCAGACCAGUUGUAUAGCUCAUAUUGUAACAUCACAUCAUCGUGAGGCUCCCGAAGGUCAGGACUUUGACAGAAACUUUACACUCUAAUGAAAAUUAAGAAGACAAACAAAUGAUUUUGCCUUUGUUGGGUGCAACAAUGGUAACUCCAGUUGUGGUUAGUCAUGUUGUAUGGGUUUUUGCAUCUAAAUUUCAGGGUUUUGUUUUCUGAAAAUCUGACAAUUGGAGAUAUGACGGGUUUUGCCUGGCCAGGAUGAUGUGUACAUAUUUUAUGAAACAUUUAACAUUUGGUGACAUAUCUGACAGAAACUUCCUCACUGAUGUAGCAAACACUGAGCUCGGGUCAAUGCAUGACCACAAGACCAAGCUGCUUACACACACAUUCAUAUUCAUACUGAUUCGUGUGAAUAUAACAUGUGUUUGAUGUAAAUAACAAUAGGUUUCCAAUGCAUCAGAUGCCUUUAUCUUUUUUCUUUUUUUUUUUUUGCUUCAUAACUGCUGUAUCAUUAGGCCUUUUCAAGCUCUCCGUUUUGCUGUACUGAUGUUUAGAAAAUGUACAAAUGCGCUAACAUCUGUACUAUACCUUGUGUUAUGAUGUGCCUCAGUCAUCUUGUGCAUAGAAAAUGCAGGAACAUGAUAUAUAUUUGCAUUUUGUGGCCUGGAAAACCCCAUAUGAGAAAAGCUCUAAGAAUCAUACAGUAUUUGUGUAGUAAAAUGUUUGCAGAGCAGUGCUUGUUUACUUUGUGUAACACAGUCAUGGCCACAGAAGUAGAUCUCCUGCAAUAUUAAAUAUUAGAAUAUAAAAAAUAAAUUCUGCAUAUUUUAUGUCACAAAUAGGAAAAAUUCUGCAAUAAUUUUGUAUGAAAUCUGACGAUGGAAAAAUCAAAGUGGUCAGUCAAGACAAAAUAUGCAAGCACUGUGCAUAUGUUUGCAUGUUAGUUUUACAAAGUGCACAUUUCUUUCAUUCUUAUGGAGCCGUUUCAUAUGGGAAAGCUUGUUGUCGCCUCAGACUGGGAAAACCUGUUCUGACCGCUAACUGGACUGACAACAAAGAAAGACGCUUUCAUUUGACUUCAGAAUGAUAAAGUUUAUGUGCCAUAGCUUCAAUGGAGAUUUAGAUUUAGAAGGUUUUUAAUUUCAGCAGAGUGGCAUCUACGAUUUUUGUGUGGUAGUUUCUAUGUGAACGUGUGGGACAGUGUCAGAACACUGUUAACAGAGAUUUUCUCAAACAUUUUAAUGCAUUAUGGUUUGUAUGUUUUGGGGGGUUACAUUGAUUUUCUCUAACGUCUUCCAUCUGUUUCCAACUUACUGUAGCAGGAGCUCAGUGGAGGAAGAAUUUUUAUUUUUAUAACAGAGUUACAUAAUUGUGUUGCCUGCCUGCCUUGUUUUGCACUAUUGGAUUUGGUUGUCAGAUAACCUCUCAAUGGUUUCAGCAUAUAAUGUGCUUGAUUUAUUUUUUGGAGGUGGUAUGUUCACCUAAAAAUUGUUUGUUAACGGAUGUCAUGCAGUUGUGUAGCUGUUGACUGGUGAAUUUCUUAAGUGCUGUUUCACUUCUAGUUUCCUCUUGUUCUUUUGCCUUUCUGGUGCAGGAAUGUUAACGACUUUUCAGUCACGUUUGGCUGUUUUCACACAAACAAUCCCAGCUCAGUUCAUCAGUCUUUGGGAAGGAUCCUUUGGGACUUGUUGGCCGUGCUGAGUGCCUAUUUUUGAACCAAAUGAUUAAAAGAAAUCCAGAAAAUAUGAAGGAAUGUAAUGCAUAGCUUUCAAUUUUUAGUUAUUACAGUUUAUAGAUUUACUGUAUCAUGAGCAAGGUUUGCAUGGAAAAUAUGGUUGAUUCCCAAACUUGAAAAUGUUCAUUAUGACUACAAAAGCACAAUAUUUAUUAUUACAAAUUCUUUGCCUUCAAUUCAAUUGUUUGCUACAAAGUGCUCAGAUUUCAGUGGGGAGAUAUAUCAUUCACCAUUCUGAAGUUCUUUUGACUGAUAUGAUUGGUUCUGCUUUGUAAAUAUAACUGAAUAAACUGUUC